AUGUUGCCAAGAUUCAGCUACCCAAACUACCAAAACAUGAUGGGGCUUGCAGUACCUCAAGCAAUGGGACAGAGCGCUGCCCCGGCCCUGCCAAUGGCCAAUCCGUACUUGGCCAGUCAGGGCCCAGUUCUGCCGAUGUCCCACAUGGAGAUGGCGUCUGCGCUGGAUAGCUGCAAAGCCCGCGCACAAGCGGCUGAGGCGCAGGUCGCACAACUCAUGCAGAUCAUGGAACUGAGCCAGAGCAAGGAGGCCCAUGAUCCCAUGGGCGUCCCUGCCAUGCAUCAUCGGCCGAGUUCGGCAUCCAUGCCUGAGGCUCAGCUCCCGCAGCGUUCGCUGCAACAGGCAUUGGGUGUGACGUUUCCUCAGACACGAGAGCGAAGCCCGUUAGGGGUUGAAGGCAGCCCCAGCAGUGACAUGAGCAAGCCGAUCGAGUACAUGGACCAGGAGAUGCUUCGCCUCCGGACGAAGCUGAAGCCCAAGCAAACCCUGCGCGGCUACCUCGAGGAGCUGCGCUCCGAGGACCCGAGGUGCAUCUUCAUCGUGAGGCGCAUCAAUAAGCUCGGGUUCCGCUCGAAGAGCAUGCUGGAGAGCCACUACGCACGCUAUGGCAAGGUUCUACAAGUGUGCGUGGCUCACUCGAAGGUGAAGCCGUUGCCCAAUUCCGGGCAAACCGCCCGCACCCGACCAGGCAACUUCGGGCUCGUGGUGAUGCAAGACCCCGCGUCGGUGCAAAAGGUCCUGGACAAGGGCCCAAUUCAUGCGGUGGAUGGUGUGGAGAUCUCAGUGCAAAAGUACCAGCCGAACCGCUUGGAGGAGGUGAGCCUUGGAGAAGAAGAACAGCUCAACGAAGGCCCGAAGACCGAGUCGAAGCGGAAGGUGCGGCACAAGGAUCUCGCCAACCGGCAAGCGCAAGAGGAGACCAGCGGCUCCACUCAGACGGGAAGCUCUGAGGGCAGCAACCGAUCCAUCAACGGGGGAGACGUGGUGGACGACUGGAACCGUCAGGAGUCUGGGAGCUCCAAUGUCUCGUCGCUGGCUGCAUCCUACGGAUCUGCUAGCUCGGCGCAGGCCGAGAGUCUCGCGAAGAUGCGGGCCGGGAUGGUGCAGUCAGAGCAGCCGGAGCCUUCCAACGAGUGGCGUGCGCCAAUGUGGGAGGCAUCGCAGGCUGCGCAGGCUGAGGAUCAGACCUUCUUGGUCUCCUUGUCGGCCCGAGAGCUGCACGAGCUCCAACAGAUGCUGCAGCCCCGCGCCGCCAGGACUGAGAAUGAGCUCGUGGAUAUCUUGGAAUGCCUUCAGAACAUGGCAAAUGACUCCCACAAGAUGCAAGGCUGCUCCCGUGAACAGAUGCUGGAGGCCGCAGGCUUGGUGUCCAGCUUCAAGCGCCAGCUGUCAUCGCUCUACACCGAGUGCAAGGCCAAACUCGCGGACAUCAACGCCACCGCCGCCGCGGCCGCGGCACCGAUGCCGCAGCUGGAUUUGGCAACUCUGAUGGGCCUCAACGGUAUGCCAGGCUUACCCCCCACCUCGGUGGGCGCGUUGCCCCCCACAGUGGGGGCGUCGCCCUCCGUGCAAGCGCAGGCCAUGGCCAUUCUGCAGGCGCAGCAGCAUCUGAACUUGCUGCAGGCGCAGUUGGGUGCAGGCUUGUCUUCCUGGAUGAACACGGCCCCUGGCGCGCCCUGCCCGGCACCGUCGGAGCCAUCGGCUUCUCAUAUGUUGCGUCACCCGCAGGAGGAAGCUGCCGAGGGCGUCAGCGAGCAGAACGAGGCCUUGCGGUCUGGGUGGCCCAGAAUGGACUCGAUCGAGGAGCUGGUCGCCUUGGAGCCUGGCGUCCUUGGCACGGAAGCCACCGUGCGCGGCGAGGUGCUGAGCCGCCGGGUGAAGUCCAGGCACCUGGUCUUCUGCACCUUGCAGGUGGAGUCCGGCGAGAUGCUGGGCCUUUGCUUUGCCGCAGCGCUCAUGGAGAAAGUGGAGGCGAGCGACGCGGCGUGGCUUCCGCCGCCCGCGCGGCGGAACGACCUGGCGGUCGGCGCGCGGGUGGAGGCGCAGGUCCUCCGCGCUCCGCGCUUCCGGCCGGAGCCGCUGGCGCGCCGCUGGCGGCUGCUGGAGGCGCCGCAGAUUGGGCUCAGGGAUGCAAAGCACUUGGUGCGGAGGGAUGAGGCACAUCGUCGGGCUCAGCAGCUGCUGCCAGACCGCCCCUUGGCGCUUUGCAAGCGCUGGUCCGGCUGCGCGGCGGGAGAUUGCGAGGCCUCUUGCGGCUUCCGGCACUACUUCGAGACAGAGGCCGAGGAGGCCAAGGCGCAAAGCGCGGCCGCCGCGCGGCUGCGGUCGCAGCGGCUGCAGCGCGAGGAGCUGGCGGCCUACGACGGCGACGGCGCGGGAGGCGCCCACGACAAGGCGGGCAAGCGCCAGCGCGCCUGGAGCUUUGCUGCGUGGCUGGUGCAGCGCUACGGCCACGAGGCGCUCCAAAACGGAGUGCUGGACGUGGCAGGCGGCCAGGGGGACUUGUCCUGGGUGCUCAGCGUGGAGAAAGGCAUCCCCUGCACUUUGGUGGACCCCGCACUAAGAAGAGACGGCGCGCUGAAGAGCUGGCAGCGCCGGGCUCUUCGGAAGCGAGGCUGGCAGGAGGCGUUCUCGCACCUGGCGGUGAGCUUCGAGGAGAAGAACUUUGACUCGGGCGGUCACCAGGCGUUGCUUGCCAGCGCUUCCCUGGUGGUGGGCCUGCACCCCGACGAGGCCACGGAGGCCAUCGUGGACCUCGCGCUGCGCUACGGCCGGAAGUUCGCGGUGGUGCCGUGCUGCGUUUUCGCCCAGCUCUUCCCCCACCGACGUGCACCCGGAGGUGAAGAAGUGCGGACGCUGAGCCAAUUCUGCGCGUACCUUCGCGCCAAGGACGCACGGAUCCAGGAGGCGAUGCUGGACUUUGAGGGCCGCAACAAGGUCUUGUACAUAGCUUGA